UUACAAAUUUUAACUGGUUAAAUUAUGCAAAUAGUAAAAUAAAAAUGAGAAAAAUUAAAAUAAAUUAAUAAAAAGUGUCAGAGCGUAAUAAAAACAAAAUAAAUAAAAAACAAGUAUACAACGAGUAAAAGGAUGCCGAUUCACUUACCUAUCAAAAUCAUAUUGAAUAUUACAUGCGCCAAUAGCCUUUUUUCUUUAACAUGUAGUGCCACCCAGUGGCGAAAUCCGUCUUUUCUGAUUAGAACAGAAAAAAAAUAUAUAAAAAUAAAAUGCCACAUAUUUGUAUAAUUUAUUUUAAAAGGUUUAAAAGUCGUAAAUAUUUAAUCGGUAAUUUUUUAUAAGUAUAGUUCGUAAAGAAUUUAUUUUCAACCGAUUAUUUUGACUGGUUCACUCCUAUGGACUGAACCUAAUGGGACACGCGCGGUUGUUAUAGCAACAAAACGAAACUUCUACAGCGCUACCGAGGGAACUUGAAGUCUUCCCGAGCUUUAUACCAUAACGAAGAAUUUGAAACAUUUCUGUAUAUUUUCUUAGCACUUUUACAUUCUAAGCAUGAUUCCUCCGUCUGACUCCUUGUUGAAGUAUGAUUAUCCGGUGUUAGUAAGCAAAAAUACAGAGAGGAAGUCUACAAAGAGUCGCCCUUUGAAAGUGAGUCCCCAACAGAUGGUUGACUCCGGCCCAGUCCCACCUCCACCCAAACCCAAGAGUCCCUCAGCGGAUGACAGCAAGCAGCAAACCGAAGAUAUCCUAAAUGCCAUUCUACCACCAAAGGAAUGGAUGGAGGACAACCAGUUAUGGGUGCAGCCAGUGUCCAGCGCUCCAUGUACACGAAUGGAUGUUAUUCAUUUGCAAGAACAGCUGGACAAAAGCCUUCAGGAGAGGCAGGCCAGAGAGACAGGCAUCUGCCCAGUCCGCAGGGAGCUCUACUCUCAAUGCUUUGAUGAGUUAAUCAGACAGGUCACUAUUAACUGUGCCGAGCGAGGCCUCCUGCUGCUGCAAGUGAGAGAUGAGAUCCGCAUGACCAUCGCUGCCUAUCAGACACUGUACGAGAGCAGCGUGGCCUUUGGCAUGAGGAAAGCACUUCAGGGGGAGCAGGGAAAGUCUGACAUGGAGAACAAGAUUUCAGAGUUGGAGAGCGAGAAGCGAGAUUUGGAGAGGCUGUUGAACGAGCAGAAGGCUAAAUGUGAGGCCAUUGAGAGACAGGAAGCAGAACGGCGGGAAAUUGAGGAAAAGAAGCAUGCUGAAGAGGUCCAGUUCCUCAAACGAACCAACCAGCAACUCAAGGCACAACUGGAAGGCAUAAUUACCUUGAAGAAUAAAGCCUAGAUAUUAUUCGAAUAAUAAUACACUCACUAUCUAUUCAGUUUCAAUGAAUAAAACAUUUACAAAAGCA